AUGCAUUUCUUUAAAAAACCAUUAGAAAAUAAUUUUUUGUCUUUUCUUUUCUUUUCUCUCCUCAGAAACAAGUAUUCCAACUUCCUCCAGAAUGAAUUCUUCUGCUCCAUCUGCAUGAGGUAUUUCAUAGAUCCAGUCACCAUAGGCUGUGGGCACAGCUUUUGCAGGCCCUGUCUCUGUAUCCGCUGGGAGGAAGCCCCAAAUCCUCCUUGCUGCCCCGUGUGCAUGGAAUCAUCAUAUGAAAUGAACUUUAAAACCAACAUAGUUUUGAAGACACAAGUGUUCCUCGCCAGAAGAGCAAGACUCUCCUACUUACCAAGUUCUGCACAACAGAUGUGUGGGAUACACAUGAAAACAAAGAACUUCUUCUGUGAAGUUGUCAAAGACAUACUCUGCUUGCUCUGCUGCAAGUCUAAGGAGCACAAGGCUCACAGACACUGUUCCAUUGAUUGGACUGCUGAGGAAUACUGGCAGAAGCUCCUCAAACAAAUGAGGGCUGUAUGGGAAAAGACACAAGAAAUUCAGAGAAAUCUUAACAGAGAAACCAGCAAAAUCAGAACUUGGGAGGGUUAUGUGAAUCUACGCAGGAAGAUGAUCCAUGCUGAAUAUCGAACGGUGCAUCUAUUGCUCUAUGAAGAAGAGCAAAAAUAUUUAGAGAGGCUAGAAAAGGAAAGCAAAGAGACUUUUCAACAACUCCAGGAAAGUGAAAACACUAUGGCCCUGAAGGGGAAACUCCUAAGGGGAAUGUAUGAGGAGCUGAAGGAAAUGUGCCAUAAACCAGACAUGGAACUGCUCCAGGUAAGGACAAAGGAAGGGGAGUCAAGGCGUUGCUUGGGAAUGAUGUCCGCAUUCUCUUUGUCUUCCAUCAUUGGCUUGGAAUGUGCUCUCCAUUUCACAGACGUGAUGAAAAGUAAGACACUAUGUAAAGUCCCUGUCCUUCAGGACUUGGUAACUGUUUUUUUUGUUUUUCUUUCUGCAGUGUAUAUUUCGUUGGACCAUGAAAGAGUCACUUGCCAUGUUCCCGUGUUUGAAGAUCUGAGACGUGUGCUCUUUAGCGGUGAUCAUCUCGAUGUGGACCACAAUUCAACAAGAUCUAAGAGUUUUCUUGCCUGGGGAGCCCAGACCUUUAUAUCUGGCAAAUAUUACUGGGAGGUGGAUGUGGGGCACUGUUGGCACUGGGUUAUUGGACUUUGUAAUGAUUCUUGGACAAUGAGGCAUGACAUGCUGCUUAGCUCCGAGGGAAUUUUUCUACUUUUUUGUGUCAAAGAGAACAAUCAGUACAGUCUCUUUACCUCGUCCCCACUCUUACCUCAGUAUGUAGAAAGACCUCUAGGACACGUAGGGGUGUUUCUGGAUUAUGAACUCGGUGUAGUGAGCUUUGUUCAUGUGAAUAAUGAUACCCUCAUUUGUAGUUUGCUUUCAUGUUCCUUCUCUUCCCCUCUCAGGCCUUUCCUUUGCUGUGGAUCCCAAGGAUCAGGGACAGUUUAGAAACUUGCCCAUGUCUGAGAAUGCUAAUACCUGAGACCCUUUCCUAGUGCCAACUUGCUUAUCUUUAACCUCAUUUACAUUUAUUAUUAGACUACUGGUUGUAUUAUUCUUAAAAGUGUGAUAAUGUUAAGUGCAGGAAUUUGAUUUGAUUUUCUUUAAAUAAAAACAAUUCUCCUGGAAUACUGUGCAAUCUUUAUGCUGUGUCUAUCAUUUGAUUUCUAAGCCAGCUGAACGUAAAAGAAUACCCGGCUGUUUGAUCCAUUUUUUUAAUGGGUUAAUGCAAGAGCACAGAGCUUUCUUACUACUGACAUUGUCACAGUUAUCUUAAACCACAUAAUUACUAGAAUAAACAGUAAAACUUACACUUUGCUUUGAAAAAUACAGAAUAUUCAACAGCCAAGGUCCACUUUAAUUAGGUGCAAAAAUCCCAACCCAAUUGCAGUUUUGACUCUUUCUCAUCCCAUAAAAAAGUGACUACCUGAUACCCUCUCUCCCCCGACUUCUCUCAAUGAGAAAGCUUCAUUUGCUACAGGUAGGAAUCCCUCUUUUCAUUCUAGGGCCUCUCAUAGCUGCCUCCAAGUCAGUGCUAACUCACUAAACUGAAAUGUUUUGGUCUCUUUGGCCUUCAGUAAACUGUAAGCCCCUCCAGGCCAGAUAUAAUAUUCUCUACUAUUUAUCUUUGAAUCUCCAGCCUCCUUUGCCCUGCUGCCCAUGAGACAAUAGUUUAUAAAAUGGUGUAUUGGUUGAUUAAGUAUAAAAUAUUUGUCACCUGAAGUAUACUGUGAACACUGGUAUGUAAUGAAUUUGGCAAUAUGGAAAUAUAUUAUUGUAAAGCAGACCCAUAGAUUAACAACUUCGUAAAGCCAGUGUCUAUCCCCAGCACUGAGAAACACCAGGAGAAACUCGAGUGCCACAAUUUCCACCCAAAGGGAUUCUCAUUCCCACCUUUCCUGGCCCAGCUGCUCUUUCAUCUAAGCGCUGAGGGCAGCCCAGGCUUGGGUCCCUGGGAAUGCUAGCACUGGAGCUGAAGGGUGCAGACU